AUGAUGGAGUUGUCAGUAGAGCCUUCCAUUGAAAUUGAAGUUAGGUCUAACGACCCUCAUAUCUUACUUCCUUCGGACCUUUUGAAAGUAAGAGUCCUCCCAUGUACUCCGGUAUCAAGGUUAUUACAGUAUAUUCAUUCUAGAAUACAUGUCCGUUUACUAGAUACCACAAAUCUUGUUUUUGAUUCAGAAGGUGUGGAAAGGGAUGAAGGUCAUUUGGGCCCCGUUUCUGACUAUUGUCUCUUUCAAUCAAGUAGGGAAAUACCUCUUGAUGAGACAUGCCGUUCUCUGACCGCUGAAGUCACCUUUGAAAGAAGAACAUUGGGAGGGUCAGGCAUGGCUAUAAAUUUGGAUUACGAUAUGGAAGAUAUGGAUAAUGAAUUUAAGAGUAUUAGAGUGCAUUAUCAGCUUAAUACUCUUUCCAUGUGUGAUAAAUUUAUACCUAACGAGAAGGAAUUGGAAAAGAUAUCCUUGGAUACUAGCUUUGGUAACUUAAAAUCAAAUGCUAUAGAAUCUGUCGUGGAGUAUGAAUCAAAUCAUGAAACCAUGUGUGGCUUGGGUGACAAGCAUGUUCCUAGUGACAUAACCAAAUUUAAAUUCCAAGGUCAAAACGAUUCCACUAUUAUGCCGCAGGAUAAUAUGCGACUAUCAGAAUUAUUAGGUGGGAUUGAUAUAUCUCCUUCAAGAAUCAAUUACGUUACGGCGAUGUUUUGUAUUGAGCAUUCUCAAGAUAUAUCUGCUUUGAAUGAGGAAAGUUUGGAAGUGAUUGAAUUUGUUUCUGAUGUUGGAUUAUCCAUGCAUAAAAUGACUGUGGAUUCACAAACAACAGUGGAACAAGUGAAAGAAUUUAUUUGUUCUAUUUAUAAGCAUUCUAAAGAUAUUUCUCCUCUGGAUAUUAAACUGAUUUAUAGGGGAAACUUAUUGCGAAUUCUCAAUGACGAUGGUACCAAUACGCUCAUUCUGGAUCUUGUCGUUGCUGGGGAAAGCUCAAUUAAAUUACAUGUACUAUUUGAUGCAGACCAUCUUGAAAUAGAACAUGAAUUUUGGGACAAUUCUUCUGUAGAGCAAGUGAAUGUUAGUGGCAGUGAAGAAUUUACAUCUCACGGGGCUGAAGUUGAAGUCGAAUCUGUCUUUUCGCAAGAUAAUGCUGUGGUUCGUUUCUUUACAGAAUCCGGGGUUGAAAUUCAACCUACGGAGACAUUAUACAAGAAAUGUAUUGUUGAUGGUAAAGAAGUGUUCAUUGAGGCUAAUGAAUUAGAACCUGUAAUGAGUCAUUUAAUAAUUCAAGGUGUAAAAGUCCCCAUAACCAAUGACGAAUACCAAAUCAUUGAUGGACAAAUUAAUUUAUCUGGUUCAAUCAUUGAUAAGAUUGCCAAUGAAUUUAAUAUCCACGUUCCACGUAAUAAUCCAUUACAGAAAAGCAGAAAACCUUCCCCUACAAGGACAAUCCCCUUAGUAAUGGCUCACCGCCGCAAUAUUUGGCAUAGGAUUGUUCAAUUUUUCAGAACUGGUAUUCCUCUGACCAUACUAUUGUUAAGAACGUUAUAUUUACUAGCAAAGAAUUCUCUGGUGACUCUAUUUGUUGUAUUGGAGUUCAGUACGUUAUUACCUGUUAAAUUCACUAUAUUAUUGGCGCUGGGGUUUACUAUAAGAACGUUAUGGGUUACUCAAGAGAUUCAUGAUCUUUGGAUUAUUCACUUCCAUCUUGAUGAGAUUGAUGCUGUUAAAUUUGACAAGAUAUUGAGUGGGGUGAGAAGUCAUUUAUUAACGGAUCAAUCUUACAAGAGAUUAUUUAAGAAUGGGUCCUUUAUGGAAUGUUUGAAGUGCGAUGAAUUAGAAGAUGAUAGACGGAAGAUGUAUAGAGAUACGUUAGGUGUGGAAGGGUUUGAAGCUGAGGACGAGGACGAAUUUUUAGCUACGUUUGAUAAAUUUAUUGAACAAGUUAUAAAGGGUAUGGUCCCCCUGGAGGAUGGAUCUGAAAUCCUGGAUGAUAUGUUAGUUGCAUUCCUUUUGAAUUAUGAAAGAAAUAAAGAAACGAUGGAACCUGAUCGACUUCAAAGGAACAAAGAGUUAAUGUUUGCCAUUAUGAGAGAGAUUGAUAAGAUAAAUAUUGAAUCGUUGCCAUUUUAUCUCAGAUGGUUUGAGUGGUACCAAGAAAGAAUAGAAUCCGUUAGCAUAACUGAUGUGUUGGAUAAGUUUGUGCCCAACCCACCGGAGGACAAUCUCUUGCACGCCACUUACAAGAACAUUUGUCUGUUUAUGUUGUUGUUUCUACCGGGGGUCUCCGAGAAGGUGGAUGCCAUUACGACGAACCGCCAACACAUGAGAAGACUCAGACAGGCAGCUGACACCCUGGCAUCUGUGGCAGAACCUGUUGCUGUCCCCGUGCCAGACACCCUAGAGAUGCCUGAGGAGCAGUCUGACACAUCCGAGGACGACGAUGUUGCGCAAGAGAUGCUGAGAGAGCACAAUCGCAGCGACCAGGACGAGGCCCAGACUUCUGGGAUGCAAUUGCACAGCGAUGCCUGA